AUGAUACGCAUCUUCCACUUUCUCCUCUUCUUUCUGGGGAGCUUUCGAGCCCUGACAGUCGCACAGAACAAUUCCGUAUCUGAAUGGCCCAUCCAUGACAAUGGAUUGAACAAGGUCGUCCAGUGGGACCAUUAUAGUUUCUACGUCCACGGCCAGCGAUUCUUUCUGUUCUCGGGAGAGUUCCACUAUUGGCGUAUCCCGGUCCCAGCACUAUGGCGAGAUGUUUUGGAGAAGAUCAAAGCAAUCGGGUUCACCGGCUUCGCGUUUUACUCCAGCUGGGCUUACCACGCGCCUAACAACCAGACGGUUGAUUUCUCAACUGGGGCUCGUGACAUCACGUCGAUUUACGAGCUAGCAAAGGAGCUUGGGAUGUAUAUCAUUGUUCGUCCCGGUCCGUACGUCAACGCAGAAGCCAGUGCAGGAGGAUUUCCUCUGUGGCUGACAACCGGAGCUUACGGCUCGACACGGAAUGAUGACCCGCGUUAUACCGCCGCAUGGGAGCCAUAUCUCGCUGGAGUGUCUGAGAUUACCAGUAGAUAUCAGAUCACGGACGGCCACAACACUUUUUGCUAUCAGAUCGAAAACGAAUACGGGCAGCAAUGGAUCGGCGAUCCGGUCGACAGAAACCCUAACCAGACAGCGGUUGCCUAUAUGGAGUUGUUGGAAGCAGCGGCUCGGGAGCAUGGAAUCACCGUACCCUUGACUGGGAACGACCCAAAUAUGAGGACAAAGUCAUGGGGCAGCGACUGGUCGGAUGCUGGAGGUAACCUUGAUGUGGUCGGGCUUGAUUCGUACCCUUCUGUAAGUCUAACAUCUUGA